AUGUUGUCAUCACCUGGACGAACCGGGCGAGCCGUCCUUCUGCAUCCGUCGAAGAUCUUGGGCUGCCCGACUCCCGUGCCGCCUCCCUCACGAUGCUUCGCCAAGAAGAGAACGGUCUCGCCGGACCAAGAGCAGCCCUCUCCCUCGCGCAAGGAGAAGCGUGAUGUGUUCCGUGAGCGGACGAGCGGCCCGGUGGCGGCAGAGGGCAAGAAGGGUGGUCGCAAGGAGGCUGGCGGUGGUGCGGCUGACGAGCAGACUCGCGGCGCUUCACAAGCCAAGCCGAGGGGGAAGAAGCUUCAGGCGGCACUCGUGCGUCAGGCGCAGGAGGCCACAGAUGCGCCAUUCACGUGCGUGCGAGAACAAAGGAGGCGGGGAGGGGGGAACGUGCCGUCGCAUCAUAAGCUGUUGUGUGUGUUUCGUUUAUUCAUUUUUUCAGAUACGAGGCUGUUGGUGUGGCCGGUUCGUCGUGGUCGGGCAGCCCGCCGCAGUUUGCCGACCUCUACAGAGAGAGCAAGAGGCGUGCUGACCCGGGCUAUGAGGUAGGUAUGCAGAGUCACUGGCUGGCUGGCUGGCUGGCUGACGGGCAGAUCGAAUGGCAUCUGUUUCUGCUGAAUGAAUUGUGCAGGUGCCGUACAAAUUCAAGAUCACUGAGGACCCAGGAGCACCGGGGUGAGUGAGGACGCGCCGUGUCUGUGCAUAUAUCUGCAUCGACAGCUGGCGGCAUUCCAUCCCUGCCUGCAUGUUGCAUGUGUGUGUGCGUGUGUGUUGUGCGUCAUUCAUGGCAGGUCUGCAAGGUCUGUGACGAAUCGUUUGGACACGCACCGGCCGCUGACGUACACGGACUUCGCCGGCAAUCGCUUCCCAACGCUCGACACAGACGAGAACUACCGAUACUGGAAGGUGCCUACGUUGCAUGCCAUUCACCCACACAGUCCCACACCACACAGAAGCACCCUGUCUGUCUGUCUGUCUGUGUGUGUGUCUGUCUGUCUGUGUGUCUGUCUGUCGUCCCCACUCGGCCGCCAGGACACUGGCCUCGACCGCCUGCUACCGCGCGUUUUCCCUCUCCAACUGCCCACACACAGGUAAAUGAGUGAGUCUAGCUAGGGACAGCCAGCCAGCUGUUAUGGAUCUAUCUAUCGGCGGUUGGUCCCCCCGUGAUCUGAUCUGAUCAGGCGGCUGGAUCCUUUUCUCCGCGAGUACAUUUUCUUCCUGCACACCCUCGACCCGAGGCGGUUCUCAAUGGCCAAGAUUGGCGAGCGAUACGGGUAUGUGACGGGCCAAGAGGGGGAUGAAAAGCCUCACGCAGUCGAGCCUCAUGUGCAACUGCCUGCGGACGUUUGUUGGUGUAGGCUGAAGGAGGAGACUGUCGAGAAAGUGUAUGAGGAGUUCUCGACACGGCACUGGAUGGUCUCCUCGGGGUCAGUGAGAUACACACACAGAGCCAGCCGCAGACAGACAAACAGGCAGACGAACGAACAGCCAUCGGCGAAUAGAUCCAUCUUUCGGCCUUCAUCUGUGUGGCUGGUCGGUCGGUCAGGCUAGCCCCUCAUUUCAUGCAGCGCAUUUCCCGCGCCGAGGCGGCUAUGCGCGCCAAAGAAGACAUGUUCUUCAAACGACUGGGUAGGUUUUUACUGGACGGAAUGUGACAUCGUGCGAUGGUGUGUGUCCGUGUGUGUGUGUGUGUGUGAACAGGUUGGGAUCAGGUGGGCAAUGAGGAGAUCGAGGAAGAGGAAAGCGAAGAGUGGAAAGGUAGGCAUCACAUCACCACUAUACCAUGCAUCGCACCCAACCACUCUCGAUGUGUGUGCAGUGCAUUGCAUUGUUGAUGUGUGUCAUGCGCAUAUGUGUGUAUGUAUGUGUGUGUGUGUGCAGGCUUCAAGGGCAGCAUCGACUGGCUCAAGCGCCAAAACGUGGAGGUCGAGAUGAUGUCAGCCUUCCCCAAAAGUUCCAAACUGUAAGCAACACACAGACAGCACAGCACACCACGGCUCGGCUGUGUGUGCUUAUGUGACUGCUUACCUACUUGCAUUCUCUCUCAGCGAUCCCAUCCCGAAGCGAGUUGACGUGGACGUGACGGUCAAGCAAGAGGGCCGCAGGAAGGUCAUCAACUGGAUCGAUCCUCAGGACAAGGUUGUCUUCUAGCUGACUGACUGACGGUGCAAGAAGGAAGGAAUGGCCGGACAGAACAGACAGGCAGGCGGCAGGAAGUGUGCUGCUCGGAGGAGUGAGUUUAUCAGGCAGGCAGGCUGUGACUGACGUGGUGUGGCAUGGUCGGCUGUAUACACCCAAGAUUGUCUGUCUGAUCAUGCCAAUAUAUAUGCAAUUGCAAUAGAUCAGGAGGGUGGGAAGUACCUAUGUACCGGGCAAUGGAUGUAGGUGGCGCCUACCUUGCCAUUCUGCAGUGACGCGGCGCCAGUCGAGUCACACGAGUGUGUGCUUGUCAGUCAAGCAAAUCAAUCAUCAAG